AUGACCGGGUUGGGGAGAGCAUUGAAGUCAAAGAAGCUCACUCCUAGUUUUAUUACACCGUAUCAAAUUUCAGAGAAGGUUGGGAAUGUGGCAUAUAGAGUGGCGUUACAGCCAAAUCUUUCGAAUUUGCACGAUGUGUUUUAUGUGUUGCAACUUUGGAAGUAUAUUUCUAAUCCUUCGCACGUGAUUCAUUUGGAUGAUGUGCAAGUACGGGAUAAUCUCACGGUGGAAACUAUGCCGAUAAGGAUUGAGGAUCGCGAGACGAAGACGCUUAGAGGCAAAGAGAUUGUUUUGGUGAAUGUAGUUUGGUCGGGAGAUACCGGAGAGAGUAUGACGUGUGAAUUGGAAAGCAAGAUGCGAUAA